CUACAGGCCUGUCCUGUGACCUGUCUGUGGAUGGCAUCGGGACCUGUUGGCCUCGCAGCUCCGCAGGAGAACUGAUCUCUAGACCCUGUCCUGAACAAUUCAACGGCAUCCACUACAACACCAGCAAGGAAGACCAAAAUCCACUAUCAGGUUGCUUUCAUCAUCAAUUACCUCGGUCACUGCAUCUCUCUGGGAGCUUUACUGCUGGCGUUCACUCUCUUCAUGAGACUCAGGUAUCAUUGGACUCUUAACCAUCCUGCCUGUGUCCAGUCCCUGGUCCAACCAUCCUGCCUGUGCUCUGUUGUUGCUGUGUUUUUCUCUCUGUCUAUCCCCUCACCUCAACCGGUCGAGGCAGAUGGCUGCCCACAUUCAGCCUGGUUCUGCUGGAGGUUUCUUCCUCGUUAGAAAGGGAGUUUUUCCUCUCCACUUUUGCUGUCAAAUUGAAUGCUUGCUGUAUGUGGGAUUUGUUGGGUUUAGUUGUGUGAGGUCUUAAACCUUACUUUGUAAAGUGCCUUGAGAUAACUUUGUUGUGAUUUGGCGCUAUAUAAAUAAAAUUGAAUUGAAUAUUAGUGAGAGGUUGGUAUUGUCAUGAUCUGAUCUUGUGUGCCAUUUCCUGUGUUUAUUUUGACAUUUCCUGUUUUGUUUCUUCCUGGUUUUGGUUCUCUCUUUACUUUUCUAGUCACGUGCCCCGUCAGCUGUUUCUGUUUAGUAAUUAUCUCUGUGUAUUUAGUUCCCAGCUCAUACCUCAGUUAUCUGCCAGAUCGUAGCGUGUUGUCACCUCAAUUCAGCAUGUGCUGUACCAACCAACGUAAGAUCCUGCUUUGUGUCAUGCUUUACCUGUCUUUGCCUGUUCCCUGUCGGUAUCGUCGCCUGUGUCUUUUGAUCUUUUGUGUAUGACCAUUGCCUGCCUGACGCUGAGCCUUUUUGCUGUUUUUGAGGAUUUUGUUCGCCAUUAAAACCGUCGUACUAUUCAGUACUGUCUCUGGCUGUGCUUGUGGGUCCUGCAUCACACGCUCUCUGACAGUACAAUCUAGCCAAACCUGGACCCAGCCAGUGCCCUGUUUUGUUUUUCAGGCUAGUUUUAUUCGAGACUAGUUUUUUUGUUUUCCUAGAUUAUUUUGUGCUUUCGGACAUUUUUGUUUGCCAUGGAUUUCGUUCUCACUGACUUACCCGCGGAUCUCCACUUUUUUUGCCUGGAGCUUGCAAAGACUUGAGGCAUCUGACCUGGAAGUGCAACUGCAGGUAGUGGAGGAGGUGAUUGCCAUAUUAGAGGAGCAAUGUUGGUGGCUGGACUGCCCCAGUGUGAGAGAAACUCUUUGACUGGGCAAUCGUCGGCUCUGGCUUCACCGCCCGCUCAUGCUUCUGCUCCUGUUUCGUCCUGGUCCCCUGUUAGAGGUGCAGCUCCGGCUUCUCAGCGGCCUCUGGGCUGCGCUCUGGCUCCACCAGCUGGAGAGGGGUUGCCAUCAGAUUCUGGGGUGUUUCUGGACUCAGUUUCCCUGUGUGUCCUGACUCUGGUCACCCCGGCCCCAAUGGCUCAAGCCCAAGUUCCUGUCGCUGCUCCGUCGGCUCAAGCCCACGUUCCUGUUGCCGCUCCGUCGGCUCAAGCCCACGUUCGCCGCUUUACCGGGUCCUGUCACAGCCCCUGCCUCUAUUCUCGAAUCGAGCGGCAGGCUACCAGCAGUCGCCAGAGCCUGACUACUGCCUGCCCCCCGCAUUGUUCCUCUUGAAGGAGUACCUGGGAGUAUUCGCCACUACCACAGACCCACGGGUCAAGGCGGGUAUCCGCAAGGAGGUGGUGGCGCUGUGUCGUACGCCUGGCCUCAGUGAGACAGUGGGAUUCUCUGCGUUAUUCCCUGAACUGAAUGGUGUUGGACCUCUCCCCGAGCCCGCCCUGGUGAUGGGUGUCCUAGUUUUGGGCAUUGGGUCCCAGCCCGCAUCAACCCUAAUAUCUCAGCUUGCCCCAGGCCCUGCAUCGCAGCCUGCAUUUGCCACACUUCCCUUGCUGGCCCUGGUCUCUACUGUUCGGCCCUGGUCUCUACUGUUUCUAUCACCAGGCCACAUCCAGCACCAGCGCAGCAGUUAUCGUGCACCGCUCAAGCUCCAGCUCUGCCACAGUCAACGCAUGUCGCGCUUCAGCCUUACCGUGUCCCUGCCUUGGUUACUGACCGGCCAAGCCCUGCUUCUGCAUCGUUCUGCCAUUCUGUCCCGUGUUGGCCCUGAAGAAGCGGCCAUUCUGCCUUUCCGUCCCCCGUCGGCCCGUCAUCUUCCCCGGAGGUCCUGGUGUUCCCUGAAGAAGCGCAGUGGCUCUCGCCCCUGGUGGUCCUAGGGAGGCCACGCCAGCCAGUGUCUCCAGGGGUCCGAAGACGAUUGCACCAGCUGGGGUCCCUGCGCCCUUUGCUUCUCUGUGUGCAGGCGCAGCCUACGGGGAUCCUGGUGGUCUGGCACGGACAAGGUCUGUCUCGGUUCCUGGUAAUCCGUCACCGACCACGCCUGUCUUGGUUCCUUGUGGUCCGGCUUCGACCACGCCUGCCUCGGUUCCUCUGACCACGUCUCGUCUGUCUUCGUCUCUGGCUCGUCUCUGGCUCUGCUGUCUUGUCUGCCAGCCUGUUCCUCGUCGCCUCUUCUCUCUGGCUCCGGUGCCUCGUCUGGCUCUGGUUCUGGGUCCACGUCGAUCCCCGUUUCUCGUUCUGGCUACACAUCAGUCCCGGUCUCUGGUUCUGGCUCCACGCCAAUCCCCGUCUCUGGUUUGGGCUUCACGUCUGUCCUCGUCGCGGGGUCGUCGCUCAUCCCUGGUUCUGAGGUCUUGUCGGCCUGACAGGGCCUUACGCUGGUGUCGUCUGCUGGAUUGGGUUGGCGCUGCCUCCUUAGUUGGCGACCUCCUCAAUGCCUCGGCUUCCUGGAUUGGCGCCUGCCGGGAGGAUGUCACCAUUCCUUAUGGGCCACUGGACGCGCCCUGUUCUGUCGCCGGCCCCCGCGACUCCCCUGCAUCCAGGGCAGCUCCUCGUCUGAAGGACGCGGUUGUUCCCUGUGGGGUUCUGGAGGUGGCUGGGUUGACACUCUCUUUGUCACCACCCUCCAUGAGAGGGUGAUUUGGACCUUGUGUUGCUCUCUUGUUUGAACUGUGUUUUGGACUCUCUGCUAUGGACUUCUGGCAUGGACCCUUUGCAGUGGGUGACCGUCAUGUGCCUUUGUUCAGCCGUUUUUGUUUUUUUUAAUCUCUUGCGUAUGAACAUUGCCUGUCUGACGCUGAGUCUGCUUGCUGUUUUUGAGGAUUUUGUUUGCCAAAAUCUGUUGUACUAUCCAGUACUGUCUCUGGCUGUGCUUGUGGGUCCUGCAUCACGUACUCCCUGACAGGUAUCUCUGUCCCAUACACCGCACAAUUCCAGACACAUUGCAGCAGCAGCUGAAAGAGAGCGAGAGCAAAUGGUCUUUCAGCGAUUGUGCAGAUGCUUCAGCAUUGACAGCUGCACACAAUACAAAAGUCCAGGUCAUCCAAGACAAGAGUGAAAGGUUCUUUGUAAGAGAGAAACAAAGUCCAACCAGUCCACAAUAUGGCAGACCAUGUCUACAACGGUCUGCCAUAAACAACCAGGAUACAUACAACCAGAAACAAGCAAUAUAACAGGGCUAAAAGAGUCUAACAUGGCUAAAUAGAACUUAACAGACAUGACCAAAACGAGAAGUAGUGAUAAGCUGGUUGAAGCGAAAGCUCUGGAGCACGUAUCAAAAAAAAAACAAAACAAUGUGCUGAUGCUUGUUUCGUUUGGCAAAAAUCACGUGAUCAGUGAAGUGCGAUAGAUCACGUCCAUACGUCACCGCUUCAAUACGAGUUUCAAACUUUUACAAGGAGGAGUAGCCUCAGCAGCAUGCAAGAAAAGAGAAGACGUUCUGUCGUGUUGCAACACUUACUUCAAAUUGAAUUGAUUGCAGUCUCAGCCCUUGCAUUGUUGAACAAAUUCUAUAGCUAAAUAAUUACCUAAUUAAAUAACUUAAGUUAGAUAGAUAGAUAGAUAGAUAGAUAGAUAGAUAGAUAGAUAGAUAGAUAGAUAGAUAGAUAGAUAGAUAGAUAGAUAGAUAGAUAGAUAGAUAGAUAGAUAGAUAGAUAGAUGAACUUUAUUGAUCCCACAGCAUCUCAGUGGGCGGUUGUUUUCUAUAUAUUUAUAUAUAUACUAGAUAUCUACUAUUUUUAUGAAUGUCAAGAAGGCACAACAAAAUCACAUAACAGGACAUUUACACAAGGAAAGGUUAUUUAAUUAAAUUAAUUUAAUUAAUUAUUUAAUCACACAAAAGUGUAUUUUGCUCAAAGCAUCACAAUGCUAUUAAAUGAAAAUGUCAAAUGCUAUUAAUAUGAAGGUGUCAACUUGAGCUGUACCAUAAUGAAGCAGUUUAUUACAGUAACUUCAAGCUGUAAUUAGUUUGAAGUUGUGCCACCAGAUGUCACUAAAGACACAAAAGCUUCGAGUAUUUUCAAUUUCAAUUUUUUUUUAUAUAGCGCCAAAUCACAACAAAUUUAUCUAAAGGCACUUUACAAAGUAAGGUUUAAUACCUUACACAACUAAACCCAACAGAUCCCACAUACAACAAGCCUUUAAUUUGACAGCAACAGUGAAGAGGAAAAACGAGGAAGAGACCUCCAGCAGACCCAGAUCCUUAUAAUCUCACCUAGAGGAGACAUGUAUAGGCUAAACAAAAUUGGACCAAGCACAGAACCCUGUGGUACUCCAUACCUAAUAUUUGUGUAUUUUGGAGAAUCUAACAGGACAAGAACAGAGACUAGACCAUUGUCUGAAGCUAAUAGUCUUUUAAUAAUCAUUAGUGACUCUAACCAGAGCUUUUUCUGUGCUAUGAUGUUUUCGAAAUCCUGACUGAAAAUCUUCGUACAGGUUAUUCCCACUGAGGUGGUCAGAAAAUUGUUUAGCCACAAUUUUUUCAAGAAGGGUAAAUUUGAAAUGGGUCUAGAGUUGGCUAGUUCUCCAGGGUCUAAAGUAGUUUUUUUCAAUAAAGGUUUGACCACAGCCACAUUAAAAGUCUGUGGUACAUACUGUAGCCUAAAUGUAAAGAGUAAUGAACCCUUUUUCAAUACAAGCUUUAGUGCUUCAAAAAAAGCUUCAUUUGGCCAUCACUAACAAGAAAUGCCAAAACCUGGUAGUAUGCUGGAUACGGUGGGCAGGAGACUCCGGUCUGGUAACAUUGACAGAAAAAAAAGGUGGAGUAUAUGAGCAGAUUCAGAGGGGAAAGCAGAGGUGAGUGGAAUCAAUCAGUGAAGCAACAGAUGGCAGAGGGGAAGAUCAGUGAGGAGGUGUGGCCAGAAUCAGGAGGACAGGUGGAGUGAAACAGGCAGAGACGGGCUGAGGACCAUGACAAGAAUCCCUGGAGAAAUAUUUACAUCAAACACAAUCUCAGCUUCUAAAUAUAAUUCAGUUCUGCUUGGUGUAUUCUUUUAAUUCAAAACAAGGUACAGUGUCGAUUCAAAAUAACAUAAGACAAUGUGGAAAUUCCAGUGUUACAUAUAAAGUAAAGUAUGUUGUAUGUGCUUAUUUAUAGUGGUUCUUCAUGUAGGAGGUGCUCCACUACCAAGUUCACAUGUGUGACGGCUGAUGCUACGGCUCUGUCUUCUGUAGCUGUCUGGCUAUCUUGCCUGAAUUCAACAUAUUUAAUAAACCCAACAUAUCCUGUCUGAAUCAUAAAUUAAUUAAUACAUUAUUUUCACAAAUUGUUUUAAACUUUGAACAUGAGGUACUGUAUCUCAAAAAACAUAGAACAGUCAUAAAACAUAAAACAUUACAGCAGCACAGAAGAUCAGUUAGUCCCGCUUCUCUUUAACAGAGCAGUACAUCGGUGACAGACUCAUGACACUACUCUGUACAGGAGCAUCCGCUGCCUGAGGAACAUCAUCCACUGGAACCUGAUCUCUGCGUUCAUCCUGAGGAAUGCAACCUGGUUUAUUGUCCAGUUAACCAUGAACCCUGUUGUGACAGAGAGCAACCAGGCGUGGUGCAGGUUUGUGACAGCAGCCUACAACUAUUUCCAUGUGACCAACUUCUUCUGGAUGUUUGGUGAAGGUUGCUACCUGCACACAGCUGUUGUUCUCACAUACUCCACUGACAAACUCCGCAAGUGGAUGUUCGUCUGCAUUGGCUGGGGUAUUCCUUUCCCAAUCAUCCUGGCAUGGGCCUUUGGAAAACUUUACAAUGACAAUGAGAAGUGCUGGUUUGGAAAAAGGGCUGGAGUUUACACAGACUACAUCUACCAGGGCCCCAUGAUCUUAGUCCUGCUGAUAAACUUUGUCUUCCUGUUUAACAUUGUCCGGAUCCUGAUGACCAAACUGAGGGCGUCCACCACCUCAGAGACCAUCCAGUACAGGAAGGCGGUGAAGGCGACUCUGGUGCUACUACCUCUGCUGGGAAUCACCUAUAUGUUGUUCUUUGUGAAUCCUGGAGGAGAAGAUGACGUCGCUCAGAUUGUCUUCAUCUACUUUAACUCCAUCCUUGAGUCUUUCCAGGGAUUCUUUGUCUCAGUUUUCUACUGUUUUCUCAACAGUGAGGUGCGCUCUGCUGUCAGGAAGCGCUGGAUUCGCUGGCAGGACCGUCAUUCUAUCCGCAGCCGGGUGGUGCGAGCCACGUCACUGCCCACUUCACCAAGCAGAGUAUCCUUCCACAGUAUUAAACAGUCCUCCAACCUCUAACAGACUGUCUCAUACCGUCACAGUCAGUUUUAAUCAGUGGAGGGGCCAGGUUGACCACUGCAGUGCUGGACUGAGUGUCUGAGUGUGUCAUUACUAACCAUUCGCUUAGGUUGCUUUCAUGGGGGAUAACCUGCUGGCAGCUGGACAGGGUGUGGAUUUAUGAAUAAGCACUGUGUUCAUACUGAUAAAAAAAAGGGUUUUUUACCAGAAACAAGAUUUGUAUUGCAGCACAGCUUUAGUCGACAUAUAGUACCUUCAGAAAAACAAAAUAAAAAUAAAAUAAAAGAAGAAGAAUGAAAUAUCUUUUAUCUGCCUGGAUGAAACGAUUUACCCUCAAAUUAAACAUAAAGUAAUAAAACAUAAAAUAGUUUCAAAUUAAUGCAAAUCUGUCAGAGCAAACUGUUAACACAGAAGCUUGGAUUAUGUUUCAAGCAUUAAUUUUGAAUCCAAACAUAUCAAUAUGAAAGUUAAAUCUAACUCCAAAUGUUAAUAAAUAAAAAUAAAGUAUCCUAAUAUAAGUCAGGGGACACCCAGUUAAGCUUUUGUCUUAAAAGGAAAACAUCAAAAACUCAAUCGUAGAAAUUGGUGUUCUUACCAUAUAUUAAAACUUCCAAUAGAUGUAAAACACGUCACAUCUGUUGAGGUCAAUGAACACCUUUUCAUUCUCAUUUUCUUAAUGUGUGAGAGGUAGCGUUAAAGUGCUUCCAUUUGGAGUUGACGGGUUUGUCAGUCUGCACAUUUUACAGCUCAGUAGCAGAAGUAUUUGGGUUGUUACAACACAGACCUGGAUCAUUAGUAAGUGAAAUAUAUGACAAACAUAUAUGUAUAAGCAGCUCAAAGGAAAAACAGAAAGGCCUUCUAGAACAAAUGAUUGAUGAUACACAGAAUUAAACCACUUCUGCAUCAAACUUAAUUUAUCAAAAAUGCAUUUUUAAGCUUCAAGGUUGAAUUAUUUACUUUUACUAACACUAAAACUGGCUUAAUCGAUUAAUAAAUGAUUGCAUUGUUUUUUUAAAACACCUCAACUGUAAAUAUAAAGAGAUAUAAAUAUAAAGAGAAUUUCCAGAACUGCAACUUCAGUUGCUUUAUAACUGUUUUUGUACAUUAACAUAGGUACAAAUCUGACUCUGUUUGAUCAAAAGGUGCACUGUAGUUCUGCAAAUAUGGAAAUUACACCAACAAAUUAAGAUGUAAGCUGGGUGUGUUUCAAAGAGAUAUGGACGUGAAUCAAAUGACACGUGACAUUACAACUUAAUUAAUCUAUUAUACUAAAAUUUGUAUCUCAUCUAAAAAAGCGGAUCGCCUUCAACUCCAAGUUACAGCAAAGGACCAGCAAGUCAUUGAUCACUCUCAGACUGGUCUGAAGUAGUACCAAGCAGAACCAGCAGUAUCCACACUAAAUGUUGUAUUCAGAGUAGUUACUGUAGCUUAGUGUAAGUACAUUUACAGUUCUGUGUGGAGGGAAACACUCCGGAUAAAAUAAAUUUAUUACUGUGCCUCGAUGUGUGUGAUUAACAAGUUUUAAAUUGAAUCACCUAGAAAACACUUUUGAAACAGCACUUUUGUAUAUAAUGAAUUUAUAGUAAUCUCAGAUUGUGAUGAACACUUAAAGUUGAAUAAACAUGGAGUUAAUCCUGAACAUAUUUGUCUGUAUUUGCUGAUAUUGAUAAUCAAUAAAUUCAUCAACAGAA